UACACGCAUUUCGCAUCACACGACACGCCACCAGCAAACCCAUUAUAACCACGAAUAAACCGGAAAGUUGGGCAUUUCUCAAGUUGUGCUCACAUCGAUCAGUCGCGCAGUACACCACUACUUUCACGGACUCGACAAAACGGUCUGAUAUCGAUCAACUUGUUUUCCUUAUCAAUGCACAUAUAGGGAACAGUCCAUCGGUGUGUUCUGGUGAAACAUCUGUACUAAAUCCACAAUCAUGUCAUCCGAUAUAGAACCUUUCCCGGCGGUUGUUGAGCUAAAUGUUGGAGGCCAAGCGUACACCACGGCUUUGGGAACCUUAACAAGAGACAGGGAUUCCUUGCUAGCCGAGAUAUUCACCGGCAGAUGUGAGUCGGGUCUAGUGAGCAGAGACUCGAGAGGUAGAUACUUCAUUGAUAGGGAUGGCCAGUUGUUCAGGUACAUUCUGGAUUACCUACGGACUAAUAAGCUAUUGUUACCAGAAGGUUUUACUGAAUCAUCCCGCCUGUAUGAAGAAGCAAGGUUCUAUCGUCUAGCCGGGCUCAUGAGCCUCCUUGGAUCAUCGCCUACUCCACACACGAACGCGGCGUCGAAUUCAAUAUCAAGCAACGGUACCUCUGGCAAGGCCGCUGGGUUCCUGACCAUCGGCUACCGAGGGACCUUUGCCUUCGGUCGCGACGGCCUUGCCGAUGUAAAAUUCAGGAAAGUCUCUCGGAUCCUGGUUAGCGGAAAGGUAUCGUUGGCGAGGGAGGUCUUUGGGGACACUCUGAAUGAAAGCCGUGAUCCUGACCGCGGUCAAAGCAGCCGUUACAGUGCCAGGUUCUACCUAAAACACAUUUACUUAGAGCAAGCCUUUGACAUGCUAGCCACCUCUGGUUUCAAAUUUAUCAGCUGCUGUGCAUCAGGGACAAGCUCGCAGGUCGGUCCAAUGGAGACCGAGGAAAGUAAAUGGCAUCAUUACAAUGAAUUUGUGUUCCAACGACCAUAAUUUUGGACAUGAUUGGACGUUCUUCAGUCACCAAGGAAAUUGAUGAACAUUAUUUAGUGUGAUACUCUGUCGGUCCAGAUUUUAUCUUCAAAAGGAAGCUAUAAAUUUUCUUGUCGCAUAAAAGAUUCGACGUAUAGGAUUUGUCAGAUGGGACAAAAAUAACAAUUUUAAUGAAUUUGGAGAAAUUAAAGGACAAUCUCAAUAUGGUAACUGUUGGUGUUAAGUAUACGCGUUUAGAUUGAACAAUUUAGACAUAUUAAACAUGUCUUUGGAAAUACCUUUGUAACAGACACAAACUUAGUCUCAUUCUCGAAACGUCACCUUUUAAGUUAUCCCAAGACUUAAAUUAUGCGGAGUGCAUCACUUCGUUCUAUUAUGUCUUUGUCAGCGAGUUCUUUGUGGAAUAUUUCACCCUUGCUGUCAUGUCCAGCGGAUUUAAUUCUUAAACCCGUGGAGAAUAGAUGUAGUUUGCCUACCCAAUGACACGUACAAUCCUUUGAGUGAAUUCUGCACAUCGCCGGACAGACGUACACGCAGUUUCAAAAAAUUUACAUUAUAGCCAUAUUGAAUUAUUCUUUCUUAAUUUAUAUAUUCGAGAAGCUUUAUGAUUAGAGAUUAUAAUUUUUUUAUAGUUGGUACUCUUACAUGCCCUACAAUAGACCGUGCCUGUAUCUACGCAUUUUAUAACGUUCGAAUGGCAAUAUAAUUUAGCCUUCAGGAUAUUCGGAUUCGGAUUGUGUUAGCAUCGCCUGUAAUAUCGUCAUACAUGCUUGGUGUCACAACAGGCCGAUACUGAUCCUGGAAAAUAUGUCAUUAAAUUUGCAUGACACGAAUCGGA